CCUUAAUUUCCCUUGGGGUUUCCUCCCUCUAUAAAUAUCAACCCAAUAACCACUCAAACGAGCCCUUUCGGAAUUUACCAAGUAAGGCUUAAAGCCAGCUUUUUCUUGUGUCUUUUUCCUCCUUUUUUUUUUUUUUUUUUAACCCCCUCUCUCUCAAGAAAAAGUUGUGUUUCUCCAUCAACUUUUUUCUUGAGGUGAAAAAACCAGGUUAAUAUCAAUUAACAAAAAAUAAAAAAAUUUUAAAAAAUGUCCAGCGUAGACUUGCCGGAGAAUCCAUGGUCGGUUGUGGACGAGAAAAAGGCCGCAAAAACUCCUUCCCGGCAGCCGAAACGGCUAGGUGAUCCGUCACCGAAGCUCUCAAGAAAAGUCAGCGAGAAAUUUGAGAGAACGAAGGAGGUGGCUUCGGCAGGGAUGAAGAAGGUCAAGGAUGGAGCCUCAACCGGCAUACAUUGGAUGAAGCUCAAAUAUAAUCAGACCAAACUUUCUAAGAAAUGAUGAAGACAAUUCUAUGUUUUCAUCCAUCAACCAAAAAUAAAUAAAUAAAUAAAAAAGAUAGAUGCUUAGCCUUUUUAAUUAAUUGCUUUAGUUUUUCCUACAUGCACAUGCAUUUCCUUGUCUCUUUUCUUCAAAUUGUGUGUGGGUGUUUGUGUAAUAUAAAUUCCUGUUCAAUGUUUUUAUUAUGAUCUGUGUUACUUUUUUGGUA